GUCAAGUUUAAAAAUCAAGAGGGAUUAAUUCAGAUGAAUUGAGUUUAGGACAUAAACACAGUUACACGACCUCAUCCUCAGUUUCAUAGUCAUACUGUCAAUAUCUCUCGCAAAUCGCGAUCUUUGCGAUUCUCAAGGUAAGUUGUUCUGUGCGCCGAUGCAGUUUAAUCCUUCAAUUUGAUAAUUUCAUCAUCUCUGCUUUCUUUUGAAGUGUUGGUAGUUCAGAAUAUAAUGUAUGGCAAUGGAGUUACUGAUGAUGUGGAUAGAACCGCGUUUCGGAGAGCAGAGAAGAAAUACAAGCUUUAUUAUGAUCAGAAUUCGAAAAAGAAGAAGCAACCUAGACCAGUAGAUAUAUCUGAGGUGCUGGAUUUCAAGUUAAUCUUGGACACCUUUAAUCGAACUGGGAAAACACCAAAUGGAGUUCAUGUACUUAAGGGGGAGUUUGAUUGUCCUGUUCUUCGCCUUGACAAUCGUCCAGGAUUUUACUUUAUUCCCGGAGCAUUGAAUGUUGAGCAACAGUGUCAAUGGAUAAGAGAAAGCUUGAUGAGCUUCCCACAACCUCCCAAUCGGACAAAUCACAAUGCACAUUAUGGUCCUAUAAAGGAUUUGUUUGCUGCAGCUGGAGAAGGAAAAAUUUUAGUUCAAGAGGAACAUUCACCAGAGUCAUUGAGCAAUGGUCAGGCUCAAAGAUGUAAAUUUUGCGAUAAGUCAGAAAAUGUAGCUUUGAAGGGAUAUGGUGGAAGUUCAAUUAUGGCAUCAGUGCUUCUACGGAAGUUGCGGUGGAGUACACUUGGAUUACAAUUUGAUUGGUCAAAGCGAAACUAUGAUGUUUCUCUACCACAUAACAAGAUUCCAGAUGACCUUUGUCAACUGGUUAAGAAGUUGGCCGCACCUGCUAUGCCUGCAGGGGACGAGUUCAAGCCGGAAGCUGCUAUCGUCAACUACUUUGCCUCAGGUGAUACCCUCGGUGGACAUCUUGAUGAUAUGGAAUUAGACUGGACUAAACCUAUCGUAAGCAUGAGUUUGGGUUGUAAAGCAAUAUUUCUUCUUGGAGGAAAGUCUAGAGAUGAUGAGCCCUUGGCAAUGUUCCUACGUAGUGGGGAUGUUGUACUGAUGGCUGGACAAGCUAGGGAAUGCUUUCAUGGGGUACCCCGCAUCUUCACCGACACAGAACACUCUGAAAUUGCACCUUUGGAGAAGCACUUUACAACUGAACAUGAUCGUUGUUUCUUGGAUUACAUUGGAACUUCAAGAAUCAACAUUAACAUCAGACAAGUCUUUUAAGUUCUAUCUGCCAUCCAGUGCCCGGAUAGCUUGGUUCGAGUCUCUUUCGCAACACCCUUGGUUUGCGUUCAUGAAUUUCACCCAGGAUUUUGUAAUUUUUAUUCGACAGAAUACUUUCCAAGUUAAGAUUGUAAUGCACUAAAAAAUGUGGGCAUGAAGUAAUGAUUUUUGCUCCUUCAAGCUUUAUGUGUUAGUUUAGGGCGCGGCAGAGUUCAGAAUUAGAGUGUGAUUCUUGUAGCCUGUAGGAUACUAGCAGUAGAUUCACUUGCUUUUUGAAAAAAAUUUGUGCAAUUUUUGAUGUAAACCGUGAAUCAAAUUUGGUUGAGUAGGAAAGGAGUAAGGAAUAUCAAUUUUGAGGA